CCAGUGAUACUAUACCCCGUCGCCGACGAUGGAGACGUUCGCGCGCAAAGCUGGAUUGAAGGUGUUCGAGAAGCACCUCGAGCAGUACAAGCCCGCCGACCCGCUGUACGAGUACUAUACGGAUAAGAAGGGAAGGCAGAAGCGGAGAAAGCGGGAGCUCCCGCCAGGCCUGUCGAAGCGCGACGCCCGCAUCCUCAAGUCCGUCAAACGACGAGCGCAUUAUCUGGACAAGGGAUUCAAGCUCUGCGGCUUCCAGUUUGGCUGGACUUUCGUCAUCGGCAUCAUACCCGGCGCCGGCGACAUCGCGGACGCCACGCUCAACUACGUUCUCGUCCUGCGCAAAUGCCAGCAGGCCGACCUUCCGUCGUGGUUAAUGCGCAAGAUGCUCGUGAACAACCUCGUAUCCGCCGGGGUGGGGCUCGUGCCACUGGUCGGUGACGUCGUCCUCGCGCAGUGGAAGGCCAACUCGCGCAACGCGCUUCUACUCGAAGAAUUCCUGCGAAUCCGCGGCGAAGAGUUCCUGGCCCAACAAGCCUCCCCGAACCGGCCCAACGCGAGCACGCACGCGGCCGUCGUCAGGCCCGGCGCGGGGCUCCAGCCGGGCGAGACGAUCCCGCAUCCGGACCCGAAGACGGACGCGAUCCCGGCCGACAAGGUCCCCGCCGCGGACCGCGCCGCUAUCGCGGGGAAGGAGGCCGCGGUCGACAGGGGCACGGGCCAGGCGGCUACGACCGACUCGACGGCCGCGACGGAGGGCGUCGGCGCGGGUGUGCAGCCGUCGUCGUCGUCCGGGAGCUGGUGGAAGGGGAAGGGAAAAGGGAAGGAAAAGGAAAAGGCGGCGGCGAAGCCGGGGGACAAGGGCAAGUUUGUCGAGCAUGUGAAUCGAUGAAUUCGUGUGGUUAGUACCCUAUAUACCCUCUCGAUGUCGGUGGUCUUUCAGCGUAUGGAACGUACGGUCGUGGUAUCGAUGUAUGAUCCGCUGCGCUUGCACAUGAUCUCUACUUUUACGGCCCAAAAGACAAUCCUGGC